AUGACUCGCGGAAAUCAACGCGAAAAGGAUCGAGAACGCGCUGCGAAGAAAGCAGCUGCAAACGCCAAAAAGCCGAAGGAAAGUGCCACGAAUCUCCAGGCUCGUAAGGAAGCUGAUGCCGAUGCUUUGAGAAGGAAGCAGGCUGCUGCGGAGCAGAAACGUCAGCAAGCUGCUGCUGCAGGAGGUGGCGACGGGAAAUAACCAUUGUUCUGAUCAGAGAGGUUCUGCCAGCAUGCAGCAUUUCUCUGGUCGACGGGGUUAAUGAGUGAAGUCUAGCGGAUGUACAACAUAUCAUAUCAUGCAAUCGUUUCACUUGGCGCAAUCGUAAACAUGUCAUUGGUCGUGGUUUGAUUGAGGGGAUCGGGCUGACCCUCAGUAAUCUUAAUAGGAAAUAACUGAUCAUCGUUUUGGAGUUAAGAGGGGUAGAUUCAUAAGGUGGUGUUUCAAUCAUAUCGUCACUCAGUUCACUUCUUGUCAGCUGUUCAUUAUCUUUCUAUUCGCUUUUACGUCUGGCCGAUGACCGCCGUCGAUUAUCAUUGUUUC